AUGUCGUUGAUUGAAAAGCUCACGAGCGAUCCUACGCAGCUGCUUGACUCGUCGGUGGAGUCGUCUGAGUUUCUGGCGCUGGUGAAGGGCAUUAUUGACCCGAUUACAAAGGGCCACUCCGUUCUUGAUGAGAUUUAUAUUGACGGACUGGAUGCUUCACAGGUGUGGCAACAGGCCAAGAUCAUACUGGAUAAUGUUACUGAAGAGCUGCUCUUUGAUAAGCUUCCAAGCCUGAAGGGUGCUGCUGGUGUGAAAGGCGGAAGCGAGGAUGAAGGUGACAGCGACGAUGGCAGCGACGAUGGCAGUGAAGAUGGCAGUGGAAGCGAGGAAGUCGGGGAAGAAAGCGACGAUGAGGCCCAGCACGCUGAAUUCGAUGGUGAAGAUGACUAUGAAGAGGAGCCAAUCUCAGAGGGCGAAGAGAACUCCCCAGAGGCUUCGACAGCGAAAGGUGAACCCGUGGAGGACAAGAAAGAUGUUUUUGGCCUGAACGAUGGGUUUUUCUCCAUCGACGACUUCAACAAGCAGAUUCUGGACCAGGAAAGGGAACAGGGUGGUGAUCUCAAUGACGAGGAUGAUGUUGACUACUUCGGUGAUAUCCCAGACUCGGAUGAUGACGAAGUGGCAUACUAUGACGAUUUCUUUGCAAAGCCAAAGGAACUGAAAUCAGAUUAUAAGAAGGCUGGCAGUAAGAAGAACAAGAAAGCAAAAAAAACCGAGGAGGAACCUGAGCUCAACGAGGAUGACUUUGAAGAUGGUAUGAAAUCAGCAAUGUUGGAUCUAUUCGACGACGAAGAUGUUGUACAAGAGGAGGAGCACCAGGAGGAGAAGAAUCUGUCGAGUUUUGAACGUCAGCAGCUAGCUAUCCAGCAGGAAAUUGCCAAAUUGGAAAACGAAGCCAUCGCAGAGAAGAAAUGGGCCAUGAAGGGUGAAACUAAAGCCAAGGACCGUCCUACUGAUUCUCUGCUGGAUGAGGAUUUGGAAUUCGAAAGAACUGCCAAACCUGUUCCAGUGAUAACUAAAGACGUCACCGAGUCCUUGGAAGAGAUGAUCAGAAGAAGAAUCAAAGAGGGCAACUUUGAUGACUUACCAAGGCGUAUCAUUUCCGAUGUUACAAACUUCAAGCCUUCGUCGUCGUUCCAGCUGAGUGAGGAGAAGUCCUCCAAGUCGCUCGCUGAGCUAUACGAGAAUGAAUACAAGCAGGAACAGGAUGGUGAAAUCAGUGAAGAACUACAAAGAGCUCAUGACGAAGUGAAAGACCUGUUUGCUUCCAUUUCCUAUAAACUGGAUGCUCUAAGUUCUGCUCAUUUCAUUCCUAAACCAGCACAGAAAUCUAUCGACAUCAAGGUCAAUGCACCAACCAUAUCGAUGGAAGAUGCUCAACCUCUCACGCAGUCCACAGGCUCAACACUAGCCCCACAGGAGAUUUACAAUGCCACACGUAGUGGUGACGGUAACGAAAUCCAAUUGAAAUCAGGUACAGUGUUCAGCAGAGAUGAAUUGACUCGUGAGGACAAGCAGAGAAUGAGACGUGCUAACAAGCGUAAGCGUUCCAAGGAGUUCAAAGAAAGAGAGCAGAAUCCUGUUAAGAAGUCAAAGAAACAACAGGUUAUCGAGACUCUAUCGAAGGCUAAGAACGUUACAGUUAUCGACUCAAAGGGCCAAAGACGUGAUGUUGAGGGUAACGUUAAGAAGGAUAAAGUCCAACAGGGCACAUCUUCCUUGAAGUUAUGAUAUAUAUAUAAACGUACAAAAUCCAUGUUGUCGAUAAAUAAAGUC